ACCACACUACUGACCACACUGCUGACCACACUGCUGACCACACUACUGACCACACUACUGACCACACUGCUGACCACACUGCUGACCACACUACUGACCACACUGCUGACCACACUACUGACCACACUACUGACCACACUGCUGACCACACUACUGACCACACUGCUGACCACACUGCUGACCACACUGCUGACCACACUGCUGACCACACUACUGACCACACUGCUGACCACACUGCUGACCACACUACUGACCACACUGCUGACCACACUACUGACCACACUGCUGACCACCAGUCCUGUGACAGUAUCUGAUGCAGUGGAGGCUAUAUUAUUAUCAUUAUGUGUAGAUCUAUAACAGAUACUCCUAUCCCCCAUCAUAUAUUGUUCCCCUGUCAGACACUCUUCCCCCAAUAAUACCAUGAGCCUCAAAAGCCAUUUUGUGGCUGCAGUAGCCUACUGUAAGAUGAGGCAUUUCCACAGGAUACCUUGUUUGUAAAUAUUAACUGAUUCUCCAUUAGCUUACUCUCAGUGACAAUGUUCCAUGUUCUAUAGUCCAUUCUAUCCUCACAGUGUUAUGAUCAAGCUGUGUAUACUCUGUUACAACACUGUUCUACCCUAAAACAAUAACGUCAUGGUUGGACGGAAUCUGAGAGUGUCUGCUCCUUCCUAUGUUCCAUAUUCUAAUCCAUAUAGAGAAGCUUAUCUCUAACAGGCCUCCAUGUUAUUUCUAGAAUGAAUGUGUACCUGCAGAUUGUCCUAUACUGUAGUGUUGUGAUUGUUCUAUAUCGUAGUGUUGUGAUGGUUCUAUACUGUAGUGUUGUGAUUGUUCUAUAUCGUAGUGUUGUGAUGGUUCUAUACUGUAGUGUUGUGAUUGUUCUAUAUCGUAGUGUUGUGAUGGUUCUAUACUGUAGUGUUGUGAUGGUUCUAUACCGUAGUAUUGUGAUGGUUCUAUACCGUAGUGUUGUGAUGGUUCUAUACUGUAGUGUUGUGAUGGUUCUAUACCGUAGUGUUGUGAUGGUUCUAUACUGUAGUGUUGUGAUGGUUCUAUACCGUAGUGUUGUGAUGGUCCUAUACCGUAGUGUUGUGAUGGUUCUAUACCGUAGUGUUGUGAUGGUUCUAUACCGUAGUAUUGUGAUGGUUCUAUGCCGUAGUGUUGUGAUGGUUCUAUACCGUAGUGUUGUGAUGGUCCUAUACCGUAGUGUUGUGAUGGUCCUAUACCGUAGUGUUGUGAUGGUCCUAUACCGUAGUGUUGUGAUGGUUCUAUACCGUAGUGUUGUGAUGGUCCUAUACCGUAGUGUUGUGAUGGUCCUAUACCGUAGUGUUGUGAUGGUCCUAUACCGUAGUAUUGUGAUGGUUCUAUACCGUAGUAUUGUGAUGGUCCUAUACCGUAGUAUUGUGAUGGUUCUAUACCGUAGGGUUGUGAUGACUUUAAGAGAAUGAAUGUGGGCCUGCAGAUACCGUAGCGUUGUGAUGAUGCAUUCCAAACAGUAAACAUGUGUCCCUUUAUUGUGGAUUACGGGAUAAUAAAAUGUAUUUUGGUAGAUGUACAGUAUCAAAAGGGCCGUGGUCCACGGCACGUGGGUCAAUAAUGUGCAGGGCUAGGGCAUCUGCAUUGAUGAAUCAGGGGUUUUAUCUGUAUGGACAGGAUCAAGGCCUUGGCAGCAUCUCAAUGCCACCAAAUCCCUGCUCAUUCAAAUAACAAAACCUCUGAUCCGGCAACCUUUGAUUGAGUUUUAUAAAAGAGGCUCGUGGCCCUCUGUCCUGGGUAUAACAUUGAGGAAGAGUGCUCUAACAACAGCCCAGACAUGAGUAAGAUCACUUUCUACGAGGAUAAAAACUUCCAGGGUCGCUCCUAUGAGUGCGACACGGACUGCCCCGAUGUGCACCCCCAUUUCAGCCGCUGCAACUCCAUCAAGGUAGAUAGCGGCUGCUGGGUGCUGUAUGAGAGGCCCAACUACGCAGGCUACCAGUAUGUACUGACCAGGGGAGAGUACCCAGAGUACCAGCGCUGGAUGGGAUACAGCGACACCAUUCGCUCCUGCCGUACCUUUUCUUAUGUGAGUAGCCGGGAGGCCAGCGGCAGUCCCUACCGCAUGAGAAUCUACGAGAGGCCAGACUUCCAGGGACAGAUGAUGGAGUUCGGCGAGGACUGUGACUCCGUCCAGGACCGCUUCCGUAGCCGUGACAUCUACUCCGCCAACGUCAUGGACGGCUACUGGACCCUCUACGAGCAUCCCAACUACAGGGGGCGCCAGUACUUUAUGAGGCCCGGCGAGUACAGGAAGUUCAGCGAAUGGGGAGCCACCUGUGCCACCACCGGAUCCUUCCGUAGGAUCACCGACUUGAUUAUUCAGGGGAUGCUGCAGAACCCUCAGGUCGACUGCAUGGUCGACUGUGCUGACCUGAACUCCUACUUCCUGAGGUUAUGCAUGGUCAACUGUGCUGACCUGAACUCCUACUUCCUGAGGUUAUGCAUGGUCGACUGUGCUGACCUGAACUCCUACUUCCUGAGGUUAUGCAUGGUCGACUGUUCUGACCUGAACUCCUACUUCCUGAGGUUAUGCAUGGUCGACUGUGCUGACCUGAACUCCUACUUCCUGAGGUUAUGCAUGGUCGACUGUUCUGACCUGUACUCCUACUUCCUGAGGUUAUGCAUGGUCGACUGUUCUGACCUGAACUCCUACUUCCUGAAGUUCUUUAACUGGGCCAUUAUAAACCGUGGCAGCAUCAGAAUGUACGAACACAAUGACACGGCCGGCCAGAUGAUGGAGAUGGACGACGACUACCCCAACCGCAUGGACCGCUUCCGCGACAGAGGCACAGAAAGAGUGACCAUUGACUGUCUAUCUGCCUCUCACGCAACCAUGACAAUGGGAAAGAUCAUCUUCUAUGAGGACAGAAAUUUCCAGGGUCGGCACCAUGAGUGCAUGAGCGACUGUGCCGACCUGCACUCCUACUUCAACCGCUGCAACUCCAUCAAGGUGGAGAGUGGCAUGUUCAUGGUCUACGAGAGGCCCAACUACACUGGCCACCAGUACUUCCUGAGGAGGGGAGAGUACAAUGACAACCAGCGCAUGAUUGGCAUCAACGACUGUAUCAGGUCCUGCCGCAUGAUCCCCAUGCACCGCGGCUCCUACAGGAUGAGGCUGUACGAUCGCUCCGACAUGAGUGGCCAGAUGCAGGAGCUGAACGACGACUGUCCCAAUGUCCAGGACCGCUUCCGCAUGUCCGACAUCAACUCCUGCAACGUGAUGGACGGCCAUUGGCUCAUGUACGAGCAGCCCAACUACAAGGGCAGACAGUACUACCUGAAGCCUGGCGAGUACCGCAGACCCAGCGACUGGGGUGGCCUGAGCCCCAGGAUCGGAUCCCUCAGACGAAUCUCUGACUCCAACAACUAAAAGUUCUAUGUCCUACGUCUGUUCUCAAUAAAGCUGCAUGUUCAAUCAAA